CAGUUUGGAAGUCUGCAAAAAGAGUGCAGAGCUUGAGACGCGCGCGUUCGGAAGCUUUAAAAAAAGACCGGUGCCCAGACACCAGAGAAAGGGGAAAUAGAGAGAAAGGAGAAAGGACGCAGCCGGGACUGACUAAGUGCCGAAAGACGUUGUGGCGCACCAUGGUGCAACACACCGACAACAGCGAGACGGACGGGAGCAUGUCUCGGGAGGCGACGGACUCGGAGGAGAGUGAAUUUAUGGCGUGCAGCCCGGUGGCCAUCAACCCGGACUGGUGCAAGACCGCCACGGGCCACAUCAAGAGACCCAUGAACGCAUUUAUGGUGUGGUCCAAGAUCGAGCGGAGAAAGAUCAUGGAGCAGUCGCCGGACAUGCACAACGCCGAGAUCUCGAAGCGCCUCGGCAAGCGGUGGAAGAUGUUGAAGGACAGCGAGAAGAUCCCGUUCAUACGGGAGGCGGAGCGGCUCCGGCUCAAACACAUGGCCGACUACCCCGACUACAAGUACAGACCCAAGAAGAAACCAAAGCUCGACAGCUCCAAGUCGUCGUCGGCGCCGUCUCCGGAGAAGUGCGGCAAAAUGGCAAAGACCCCCAGCAAGAAGUGCAGCAAGAUUAAGACCAAGAGCGGCCCCAAAUCGUCGCACGGCUACGCGGACGAGUGUGGCGGCGUGUUCCCGGCUUUCAAGGCGGCCAAAGUGAUCAAGAGCGAGCCCAGCGACGAGGAGGACGACGACGACGACUACGAGGAGGACUACCACCAUAUGCACCACCACAUGCACCGCCACCAUCGGGUCGGGGGGAUUAAGGAAGAGCGCCUGAGGCCGUACAACGUCGCCAAAGUGCCCGCCAGCCCCACGCUGAGCUCCUCGGCCGAGUCGGAGGGGGCGAGCAUGUACGAGGAGCUGCGCGGCUCCGCCACCGCCACGACCACCACUACCACUAACAGACUCUUUUACAACAUCAAGAACAUUUCCAAGCAGAGCACAUUGCACGCUGCUUCCCUCUCACCAGCAUCCACCAGGUCGGUCUCCACGUCCUCCUCCUCCUCCUCUUCUUCCUCAUCCAGCAGCUCCUCCUCCGGCGAGGACGCGGACGAUUUGCUGUUUGACUUUAGUUUGAAUUUCGCCCCCAGCGCCUCUGCCUCGGAGCUGGGCAACCCCAAUUCAGGGAACCUGUCGUUGUCUCUUGUGGAUAAAGAUCUGGACUCGUUCAGCGAGGGCAGCCUGGGCUCUCACUUUGAGUUCCCAGACUAUUGCACGCCUGAACUCAGUGAGAUGAUCGCAGGUGACUGGCUGGAGGCCAACUUUUCCGACCUGGUCUUUACAUACUGAUUUAAUGAGUAAUAAUACAGAGUGGAGAAAUUCAAUGAUAUGUUUGUCCUGAUCAAGUUGUCCCUUAAGACCCUGCCUCCUUCCUAUUUUGGGGGGAGGAGGGUGGUCCUGUGUUUCAGGACGGAGAGGCAAGCUGAGGUUUGAGAUGCUUAAGAAGCUGGUAGCAAAAAAUGUAUAAAAAAAAAAACAAAACAAAACAAAACAGAAGUCUGCAGACUUUUUUUAAAUUGUUAUCUGGCAGCAUGACAGGGUUUUAUGGAUUUUUCCCUGCCACAUAAGGGGAAAAACAUGAACUUCUAUGCAUCUUAUCCUCUUUUUAGACAAACUGCAGGGAGAUGAAACUUGUGGACUGACUCAAAGCAAAUCUGUGAACUGUUCAGGAUGUUACUACACCAGAGGGAGAA